ACACCCUACUCUCUCUCUAUUUCUUCUACCUAUACCUUUUGUAUCCUUUUUGAAAUCCUCAAAUACUUCUGUUCGACUAUAUAUACAUGUAUGUUUCAUGAUUCCUUUUUAUUGCACUCUAUACUACCAAAGUUUUCAAUUCUAGAACAAGGAUUCUUCUUCAGAUGGAUAACGAAUUUGAGGAUACACAAGCAGUUUCAGAUAUGAUUCCAAGUAAUCAACAGAGGAAAAAACAGUCGUUUUUCUCGAAAGUGUUGAGUAUGAGAGAUAGAAACGGAAGAACGAUGGAAAGAGGUUCAAUUGAUUCUCAUGAAGUAUUUUCUGAUUUAUCCAUCCAAAAUCAAGACUCGGUAUCUUCCAUGUCUUCGGGUGAAACAGUUCAGAAUUUCAAAGUUUUUGCUGCAACAUGGAAUGUUGGCGGUCAAUGCCCGAGUGGGAACCUUGAUCUUAGUGAUUUUCUUCAGGUUCGGAACGAACCAGAUAUGUAUGUUUUGGGCUUUCAGGAAAUUGUCCCUUUGAAUGCUGGAAAUGUACUUGUAUUAGAGGACAAUGAACCUGCUGCAAAAUGGCUUGCCUUAAUCAAUGAGUCUCUCAAUGGUCCUUCACAUUUUGCUUCGAAUAGUGGACUAAAACCUACUGCAUCCUUCGGCGGAUCAUUGCUCUUCCCCAAGCCUUCUCUAAAGAAGAUCAAGAAAACUUUCAAGAAAUUAAACGGAAAGAGGCUAAAAAGUUGUAACUGUGUACUCGAAAUGGAAAGGAAGGCUGCUAAAGAUUUCUGUUUCCGAUGCCAAGAAUCAAAUUUUAAUUUAGACGAUUCUUCGACUGAGGAGGAGGACGACAGUUUCCCGAUUUCUGUCGCUCUGGCUACUAAUCAGAUGAAAUAUAGUCUUGUUACCUGUAAGAAAAUGGUUGGAAUUUUCGUUAGUGUAUGGAUGAAGAAGGAGCUUAUUCAAUAUGUAGGACAUUUAAGAAUAUGCCGCACGAGUCGCGGUAUCAUGGGAUGCCUCGGAAACAAGGGGUGUAUAUCAGUGAGCAUGUCAUUUUAUCAGACAAGUUUUUGCUUUAUCUGCAGUCAUCUAGCGUCAGGAGAGAAAGAGGGCGAUGAGCUACGCCGAAAUCUUGAUGUCAUAGAGAUACUGAAGAACACUCAGUUUCCAAAGAUUUGCAAGACACAGUACAGUAGAAUGCCUGACAAAAUUUUAGAUCAUGACCGAAUCAUAUGGUUUGGAGACUUGAAUUACAGAAUUUCUUUGAGCCGCGAUGAUGCUAAAAGGCUUGUGGAAAUGAAGGAUUGGCCUUCCCUUUUCAACAAGGAUCAGCUUAAAAUGGAAAGGGAAGCUGGUCGUGUAUUCAAGGGAUGGAAAGAGGGGAAGAUCUUCUUUGCACCUACUUAUAAAUAUGCUUUCAACUCGGAUACUUACUAUGUUGAAGGUCUAAAGAUUUCAAAGAACAAAAGAAGAACUCCAGCUUGGUGUGAUAGAAUAUUGUGGCAUGGAAGGGGAAUACAACAACUUUCAUAUGUGCGUAAAGAGUUCAAAUUUUCCGACCAUAGACCGGUUUGUGCAACAUUUUUGGUAGAAGUGGAAGUCAUGUUUAAGGGACAAAAGAAGAAAGUUUCCACUUUUAACAUUCAAAUUGAUGAUUUUGUACCUACAAGGAGUUCAUAUUAUUAAUGAAGCACCAAUCUUAACAAUAAUGAUUGAGGUAUUACGGUUGGCUAAAUGUGACAUCAAUCUUUGCAUUAUGAAGAUCAUUAAAAUUGUUAGCAUAAGACAUUGAUAGUGAUUUAUAGACUAGGACAAAUUCACAUUUUAUUAAAUUUUAGACAAAACCUAGGUCAAAUUGUUUAGGUAAGUUUCACCAUGUUCAUUAAAAAUAAGUUUAAACAGUCACAAACUACUUCCACCAUUUUUAGGUUAUGUAUGUUUUAAAUAUUUUUUUAUUUAGUAAUUGUGUAUUUUUGUAACGUAGAACUUGACUUCAUCAUGGGCUUAAAAAAAAGCUAGCUUGAUCAAUUUUCA